UAAACCUUGAAUUCAUACGGUUUGAUAAGUUAUCUCAAAUAUCACAAGUGACCUGGAUAACUAACCUUGUUCUUGUUCUUAAUCAUAGGUGGAGAGAUUCAAGAAAACAAAGGUUGCAAUGGGAGAAGCCAAUCACCGGGAAGAAAGCUGUCAGACUUUUAAAUUCAAAAUGGGUGGACCAAAGGGCGCUGUCAUGUUUUCUAUAUUCUUUACCGUCUAUACAUUCUACAUAACUGCAAAAUGUCAGUCGGGAAAAUGGGACGUCCUUGUAUUUCAACCGCCUGUCAGUGACGGAUUGACAGAAGUUGCUGCAGCGGUCACCAUUUGGUUCCUUGCUCAGUGCAUUCUGUAUAUAAUGUCCAUUGGAGGAAAACAGGAGCCAGGAGUGAUCUUGUCUUCUGGUGAAAGACUGAUGUAUAAUACAAAUGCGUUGUUUGUGCUAAUCGUCAACAUACUUUCGAUGGUCGCAGCCAUUUUGCUCGGAUAUGACGUCAGACUUAUAUCAGGUUCCCUGGUGUGCAUGUUCGAGGCAGCGGUGCUCUUGUGCUUCAUGUCCAGUUUGUACUUAUAUAUAAAAGGUUCAAGUCUAAGCCACGCUGAAAAGAAUCCAAAUGGGUGUUCAGGUCGCAUUAUAUAUGACUGGUUUAUGGGUCUGGAGCUGAAUCCAAGAUGGAGGUCGCUCGACGUGAAAUACGUUCUGUUUAGAAGUGCGAUUAUCGGAUGGAUUCUUCUAAAUAUAUGUAACCUGGUGGAAUACUGGAUGCUGUAUAAGAACAUAAAUACAACCUUAGUAUUGCUGAAUGCGAUACAGUUAGCAUAUGUUGUGGACUACUUUUGGUUCGAAGGCGGAGUAAUCGUGUCACGCGACAUAGUUCAUGAAGGACUUGGAUAUAAUAUUUUGGUACAGUUUAUAAUGAUUCCAUUCUGUUUUUGUGUCCAGACAAGAUAUGUCCUUACAACCGACACCAAACUACCGAAUAUAAAUCUAUGUCUUAUUGCUAUUCUUUAUGUGGUCGGGUAUUACAUAUACAGAGCUAGUAAUUCUGAGAAGAACAGCUUCAGGAAAAAUCCAAAUGACCCAAAGCUACAUUAUCUAAUGACAAUGCCUACGUCGUCUGGAAAACAAUUGUUGAUAAGUAGUUGGUGGGGUAUGUGCCGGCAUCCAAACUAUCUUGGAGAUUUGAUGAUCUCCCUUAGCUAUGCCUUAUGUACAGGAUUUAGUCAUCUGAUACCUUAUCUUGGAACUAUAUUUUUGGUACUCUUGCUCCUUGAUAGAGAAAAACAGGACAGUGAAGGCUGUAAACAGAAAUAUGGUGCUGACUGGGACAAGUAUUGUCGGAUUGUGAAAUAUCGAAUCAUUCCAGGAAUUUACUAGUCCGAUUUUGAAAUAUCGUAUCACCACUUUUCCUAGAAUCUGAGAUGUCGUGACAAGACAGAUGUUUGAAUUUUCAUAGUACCUAUUUUGGGCCCACCUACAUUGUCAGUCUGUACUGUUGUAAUUAGUGAAUUUGAAAGUUUUUCUGAAACUUAUUUCUAAACACGUUAAAUCAUGUAUCAGAAGAAAUAAAUACUUCAAGUACAUAUAUUAAAUUGUUUUUCUUUUAUGUAACAUAACAUCUCAACAUAUCUUUAUUUUUGCUUGAAGAAAUGUAAUAUUAUCUGCCUGUACAGUAUACUGUUUUAGUAUCAUUGAAAUGCUCUAAAGUACUAAAAAUGAGGUCUCAUGAUUUUAUUGUUAAGGUAAUGUCACGUUUUGAAUUUCCGGUGAAUAAUAAAAAAACCAAAGAAUAUUCAGUUCUUUCCAAAAACCAUUAUGUUAUGAUUCAACCAAAUAGUUUCCUUUGUCUACCAGAAAGCAACAAUUCUUCUGCCUUAAUAUUGAGGUUUGGUACCUUUAUGACAGAUAAUAAACUAAAACAAUAGAAAUUCAUACGUGACUUUGGUGAGCUCAACAAAGCAAUUUCAAGCACAAAUAUUAAUGUGGAAUGUAAAGUAAGUUAUCCAACCAAGAUACUUACAAAAACAAUGCAUUUGCAGAAUAGAGAGAUGUAAAUAAUUUUGUCAGCUCGUGAAAACUAAUGACAAAUUUUGACAGGUAUGUGAUCACUCAUGACCUAAUUACUUUUUUUUCUGUUAUUUCUAACUUCCAGUUUGAUUUUCUUAAAAAUGGGUAUUCUAUAUUGUAGCUUACAACUCGUGAAUAAAAACAAUAUAAGAAUAUAUUGUUACCUCACUG